AUGUCUAAAGCUCACCUCUUUCACUCCCCAGAUGGUCUUGUGGUCAAGUGCCUGAAGGGCCUCAUCUCGUACAAUCCAUCCCUCUCGCUCGACGAAGCCAACCGUGUGGUCUUUGACACAAGACACGAUCAGAACAAGGUCAGCAUCGUUUCGGGAGGAGGUUCAGGUCACGAGCCGGCGUGGAGUGGCUACGUGGGCGAGAAUCUGCUCGCGGCCUCCGUGGGAGGGGACAUCUUCGCCAGCCCCUCGACGAGGCAGAUCUUGGCUGCCAUCGAUGCGGUACCAAGCAGCGAGGGCACCAUCCUCGUGGUCACUAACUACACCGGCGAUUGCCUGCAUUUUGGCCUCGCAAAUGAGAAGGCCGUUGCGAGGGGUCACCGCUGCCGGAUGAUUGUCUGUGGCGACGACGUCUCUGUUGGAAAGACCAAUGGGUCCCUGGUGGGACGUAGGGGGCUUGCCGGGCAGAUCGGGGUCCUCAAGGUCAUGGGUGGCGCCGCCGGGCAGGGCGCGCCGCUGGAUGACGUCUACGACCUCGGCAUGGCAUUUUCCCAGCAGAUCGUCUCAAUUGCUGCCACGCUGGACCACUGCCACGUGCCUGGGCGGACCGAGCAUGCCGUGCUCGGAGAUGACGAGGUUGAGAUCGGCACGGGGCCGCACAACGAACCGGGAUACAAGAGGCUCUCCCCGGCGCCUUCGGCCGAGGAGCUGGUCAAGAUGAUACUGACUCACUGCUUGGACGAGAAGGACCCUGACCGUGGUUAUGUGAAGUUCAAGUCUGGUGAUGAGACCAUAUUACUGAUCAGCAACUUUGGCGGCAUAUCGCCAUUGGAGAUCGGCGCAUUGACGGACGAGAUUCUCGAGCAGCUGGCCGCCGAUUGGGAUAUAGAGCCAGUGCGUGUCUAUGUCGGACCUCUUGAAACGUCUCUCAACGCACAGGCCUUUUCGGUGUCCUUGAUCAAUGUGACAGCUGCGGCAGAGAACUGUGCCUAUUCAGUUGAGGAGAUCAAGGCUUUCGCAGACGUCAAGACAACAACCUCUUGGGAGUCUAUGGCUGGGUCGCAGGACUCAAGGCGGACUCGCCGACAGCAGCUCGUCAGCCCCCCGGAAGAGCCCAAGAGGGCAGCUGUUGAUCCCAGCAGGGACCUCAGGCUGGACCCCGCUGCCUUGGAUAAGAUGUUGCGAGGCGCAUGCGACGCACUCAUACAAGCGGAGCCCGAUCUGACAAAAUGGGACACGUUGAUGGGUGACGGAGACUGCGGUGAAACACUCAAGACCGGCGCAACCAGCUUGCUCGCAGCGCUGGAUGAGAAGAGCAUCGCAGCUACCGGGUCGGUGGUGACGGUGCUCCGGGAGCUGGAGGAAAUUGUCGAGGGCAAAAUGGGCGGCACGCUCGGGGGGAUCCUGGGCAUCUUCUUCGUCUCACUGCGCAACGCCGUCGAGCAGAGCGUCCAAGACGGCCUGGCACAAGGCGCGCCCCAGGUCUGGGGCCGCUCUCUCGCCACUGCGCUCGACCACCUAACAAAGUACACGCCAGCCAAGGUGGGCGACCGCACGGUGAUGGACACCCUCCUUCCUUUCGCCGCGGCGAUACAGAAGGCUGGCAGCUUCGACGAGGGCGUCAAGGCGGCAGUCAGGGGCGCGGAGGCCACCAAGUACAUGACCCCAAGGCUCGGAAGGGCCACCUACGUUGCGGCCGGGCGUGAGCGAGAGGGUGAUGGCGUGCUGCCCCCUGACCCAGGGGCAUGGGGCGCCAUGGUCGCUAUACAGGGUCUAAGGAAUGGGCUGUCGUCGAGGAAGGACAGUGCGGUUGCUGUGUGA